AUGUCUGAAGCGUCGAGCUCUUCGUCCCGAGAAAAACAAGGUUCCAUACCUCCUGGGAUGGUUAUGGGACCAGAUGGGAAACCUUGCAAAAUAUGUACCGCGUUUCGUCACUGGAAACCUCCCGCCAACGCUUCGAAGUCCACUGCUCAGAGCCAGAAAUCUUCGGCUACGGUUAUGGCUGCUAUAGCUGCAGAAACAGCAUCCUCGAAAACAUCGCCAUCUGCCACAGAUACAAGACCUGAUUACUGUCCGCCAGACGUCGAACAGCUCGGGCGAGCAACUUGGACAUUCCUCCACACUACUGCUGCGUAUUAUCCAGAGAAACCUACUCCCACGCAACGAGUCAAUAUGCUCACUCUCAUCCGGGCAUUGCCUGUGCUAUACCCGUGCACGCAUUGCGCGUCACAUUUGGGCGAGACUAUGAAGGAGCAUCCUCCAGACGUCAGUGGAAGGGUCGGUCUCAGCCGUUGGUUUUGCGAGAGGCAUAACGAAGUAAAUGAGCGGUUGGGGAAGGAGAAGUUUGACUGCUCGAUUCAAAAGCUGGACGAGCGGUGGAAGGACGGACCUAGCGACGGAAGCUGUGACUAA